CACAGAUAGGUAGCACUGAUGGGGCGGCACUGGUGGCACUGACUGACAUCACUGCUGGGCACUGACUGGCACAACCGCUGGGCACUGACUGGUGGCACUGCUGGCAGCACUGCUGGGCUGCACUGAUGGGCACUGGUGGGCGCACUGGUGGGCACUGGUGGGCGCACUGCUGGGCACAGAUGGGCGGAACUUGUGUGUGGCACAGGUGGGCACCGAUCAUCAGGGCACUGAUGAUCAGUGACCCUGAUGAUCGGUGCCGAUCCCUGUUCUGACAACUGCCGGUUUUCGGCAGUACUUUCCUCACGAUCUGACAGCGUGAGGAAAGUGCAGCCGAGAACCGGCAUUUGCAU